GACUUCCGAACAAAAAUAUUCCGGUUACGAAGAACUUACGUCAUAUUUGACGCGAAGCAGAGACAAAUCUUUUUGGGGCUUUCUACACCGUUGUCGAGACACAAUCGUCACCACCGCUUCAGCUACUUCUCGCAGACAGGUUCUCGAAAGCACCUGGGUCAGUAAUUUCUUACUAGAAGCAAGAAAACUCGGUGAAGAUUUAGAAGAAAUGGUUAGUGAAGAUCGAAAACGUUAUGAUUUCGAGGAUUAUUGGAACGAUGUAAUUAAUGAGUGUAAAAUAAGACGAGAUAUUUCAGAGCGUAAAGUAGAAAAAGAACGUAUUCUUCAUGAUCUUUCGAGAAUAAAUGAUGAGAUAAAAAUGAAAGAAGAUGAGCUUACCAGAAUUUUGAAUAAACAGGAAAUACACCCCAAAGAUAGUUCAAAUUUAGAUGAAGAUUUG